AAAUCGCUAUUUGUAAACUGCGAUUAAUAACGUAUCUAAGGAGAGCCUGGGAGAGCCAUUCAGCCAUUUUUUUUUUAAUAACCCUCUCUUUUUCGGUUGGCAUUUCAACAACGCGUCAACAUGGUUAACGUACCCAAGACAAGAUCAACUUUUUGCCAAAAGUGCAAAGUGCACAAGGUACACAAAGUUUCCCAAUACAAAAAGGGAAAAGGUAGACCCGCUGCACAAGGUCAAAGAAGAUACGACCGUAAACAACAAGGUUUUGGUGGUCAAACUAAGCCCAUCUUCAGAAAGAAGGCAAAAACAACCAAGAAAAUUGUCUUGAGAAUGGAAUGCAGUGAAUGCAAACACAAGAAACAAAUCCCACUUAAACGUUGCAAGCAUUUCGAACUUGGUGGUGACAAAAAAAGAAAGGGUCAAAUGAUCCAGUUCUAAAUUUAAGUUUUGUUCGCAUUCUUGUAAUCAAUAAACAA